AUGGUGUGUCUGUAUCACAAAGUGCUCUGUGUUGCCAGUGGCCACCCCUUUGUGGGUAAAAAGCAGGAUGUGUGGUUCGUGGUGGAUCCUGAGACGGGUGAGAAGCAAACCAGUUUGACCACUUCCUCCUCUGAAUCCAUCUGCCCCAAUUCUCCUCUGCUCUACAUAGGACGCACAGAAUAUGUGGUUACCAUGUUUGACACUAAGACGCAGGAGCUGCGAUGGAACGCCACGUACAACGAUUACUCUGCUCCUCCUUAUGAUGAGAAACAAGACUACAAAAUGGCUCAUCUUGUGUCGAGUGGGGACGGACUUGUUGUGACGGUUGACAGAGAGUCAGGCGACGUCCUGUGGACUCAGAACUACGGCUCACCCGUCGUGGGGGUCUACCUGUAUUCUGGUGACUCGCUGAGACACGCCCCCCACCUGUCCCUCGCCAUGGAAACGCUGCGCUUCCUCACCUUCUCCUCUGCCAGCGACCACAGAGACGCACACUCCACGCUGAAGUGGAGCUAUCAGUUUGUGAAGGAGCAGGCAAGCGCAAAAACACAACUCGUACCGACUCUCUAUGUUGGAAAAUUGGACUCUCACCUUUACGCCUCGACCUCCCUCGUCCACCACGGAGUCUCAUUAGUGCCUCAGGGUUUGACCCUGGCUCGGAUUGAAGGUCCCGUGACGGCUGGAGUGACGGUCAGAGAAGGAGGGGAGUGUGAGAUCACACCGUCCACCGACAUACACUAUCCACCGGGGACCACCAACAGCCAGAAGAACCACUGGCUGCUAAUAGGUCAUCACGAGCUCCCUCCAGUCGCCCACACCACCAUGCUGAGGGAUUUUCCAGUCAGCCUGCAGCAUUCUGGUGAGGCGGUCAUCCCCCCUCGACCCCCCGGCUCCCCCGCCUCCUCUGUCUCCUACUACCACCAACGAUACUUCCAGACAGUUGCUGGUGGCCACAGCGACACUAAUGGUGACAGAGGACGUGUGGACGGGGACACUUCAGGGCCGACGCAGCCUCAGAGGCCGGUCGCUGCGCUGCCUGUCUACAUGACACAGGACCGCCUGACGCUGGCUGUUCUGACGCUGCUGCUGGGAGGAUGGCUGGCCUUCGCGCUCACGUACCCUGUUCGAGCAGCCCAGCAGCUGAAAGCUCAAAGGCAGCUGGAGGAGGCGUUUGAGUCUCGUCUCCAGUGCAUGCAGACCAACAUGCAGACAAACACUCAGACGGUGACCUCGGUCUCCACAGACACGAGUCUCUCCCCUGACACAAACCUCUCCAGUGACUCUACACCUGCAUCCGCCAACCCUCCACCGAGUCCUCACACUCGGAGCAGCAGCACCUCAGACGCUGGUAAAAAUGAUACAACGGGACACAACCCCGCAGCAGACCUCUCGGAGGGAAACAGUGACGAGGUGCAGGUUGGUAAAAUCUCCUUCACUCCGUCUGACGUCCUCGGACACGGCACAGCAGGAACCUUCGUCUUCAGGGGUCAGUUUGACGAACGACACGUAGCGGUGAAGCGAAUCCUGCCUGAGUGUUUUGAGGUGGCGGAGAGAGAAGUGCAGCUCCUCCGAGAGUCCGACACUCACCCGAACGUCAUCCGAUACUUCUGCACGGAGAGAGACCACCUCUUCACGUACAUCGCCAUCGAGCUGUGCGCCGCGACGCUGCAGCAGUAUGUGGAGGAUCCAUCUGGCUUUCCUGAGUUGAAUCCUAUAACUCUACUGGAGCAGACCAUGUGCGGCCUUUCACACCUGCACUCACUCAACAUAGUCCACCGCGACCUGAAGCCCAGAAACAUCCUGCUGUCGGUUCCCAGUGUGCUGGGUCAAGUCCGAGCGCUCAUCUCUGACUUCGGACUCUGUAAGAAGAUCCCAGACGGUCGGACCAGCUUUUCUAUGCGGUCGGGGAUUCCAGGAACUGAAGGGUGGAUCGCUCCUGAAGUGCUGCGGGAUACGCCUGGAAAUAAACCAACAGCAGCGGUGGACGUGUUCUCAGCCGGCUGCGUGUUUUACUACGUGAUCAGCAGGGGGCAGCACCCUUUUGGUGACACACUGAGACGUCAGGUCAACAUCCUGGCAGGAGAAUAUUCACUCCUACGUUUUAUGGAGGAUAUACACGAUAACGUCAUAGCACAGGAUCUGAUUGAGCAAAUGAUCAGUCCUGAGGCCGAGUCUCGUCCGUCCACCGCCUGCGUGCUGAAGCAUCCUUUCUUCUGGAGUUUAGGGAAGCAGCUGCUCUUUUUCCAGGAUGUGAGUGAUCGUAUAGAGAAGGAAGCAGCGGACAGUCCCAUCGUGGUCAGACUGGAGACUGCAGGCAGAGCUGUGGUCCGAGCCAACUGGAGGAUGCACAUCUCUGGGCCUCUUCAGACGGAUUUGCGGCGAUUCAGAACAUAUAAAGGAAACUUGGUGCGAGACCUGCUGAGAGCCAUGAGGAAUAAGAAACAUCACUACCACGAGUUGCCACCUGAGGUGCAGGAGACGCUCGGCGAGCUGCCCGAAGGCUUCAUCAGCUACUUCACCUCGCGGUUUCCACGGUUACUGAUGCACACACACGCCGCCCUGAGCAUCUGCGCCCACGAGAGACCGUUUCACCCCUACUAUCUGCCCCCCAGCGCCAAAUAACUUUAACAUGACUCUGCACUCCAGAAUCUCCACGCACUUGCAUCCAUGAACUUUUCGGUGAGCAAAGGAAAUCGCUGACAGUGCCAUGUUAUUGCUUUUGUAAAGCCCACACUGUUUUAACGGGACGGUUACAGUGUUUUUGUUUUUUUUAUAAACCUUGAUUUGUUUUACGGUUCCAUUUCAUUUUUUCUGCAGAUGUUGUUUGGGAAAUAUUUUUAAAAGUAAACUAGAAACCACAAGUCUGCUGCAUACGGUUGUUAUAUCAAUAAUAUACAAUGUUUUUAAAACCAUAUCCUAACAGGUAACUCCCUUGAUAUACAGUCUUUACAAUGCGGUUGCCAGAUAUUUUUAUUCAGUCAAGUGCAGUAGUUUAGCUUUGUGUUUUUAAUCACUUCAAAUUCAGGAGCGCAGAAGUUAUUAAAUUCACUUGGGGAAAAAAAACUCUGAAAUAAUGAGGUAAGCGACCUCAGAUAAAGCUCAGGAGCCGACAUGUUCCACCUGUUGAGUUUGAUCCAGUUUUGUUUCAGUUUGGGGUCGAGACGUUGGGAGACUUUGUGCCUUUAUGUGAUAAAGAUGAAAGCUUCUCGCAUGAGUUGGAACUUUCUCGUUAAUUCUAAAAAAUAAAAAGCAGAAUUCUUUCUUCUCAAGUGAAUACAACAUACGUCUGAACUGGAGAAAGACUUUGGGCUGUGCAGAGAUUCCUUCAUCUUUAUUCUUUUUCUUCUUUUUAUUUUGCAGUAUAAAGUAUAAUAUCUUCAGGCUACUGAGUUUCCCCAAAAUAAGACACUUGUUUUUUGGCCCUUAUCACAAAAUGUCCCUGAAAUAUAUCUGCGACAUUGAACCGACCUGGUAACACAAACUAGAGUAAGUCCUUAUUGAAUUCUAGUUCAGCUUUGGCCCUUUGCUGCAUGUCAUCGUCUCCCUUUCCUUUCCUGGCGGUCUCUGUUAUCUGACAUCCAUUAUUUAAAUAUAAAAACAACACUUAUUUAACAGCAUUAUUUUAUAGAUUGUUUGCCUUGAGUGGAUAGUUCAGACAGAGAACAAGGAUGAGAGAGGGAGGGGGACGAGGUGCAGCAAAAGUCUCCGUAGAUAAAAAGGUAACGGCAAUAAAACGUGACGAUAAUGACGGAGCUUGUUGGAUUUAUGAGCGUUGAGUGGAUUCACUUUACUGAAAUAUUAGAACUGUGGAAGGUGAAAAAUAAAACACACUGUAAGUGAGAUGCACAACAGCCUGGUAAAGAGCUUGAGUUGUUUUUUCAGAUCCCCGUCCUGCUGCUCGGAUGUAGAAUGUAGACUUCGCCAAAAACUCCACAAUAUUUGAUUUUAUGUGUUUAUGUAUUUGAUGUAUGCGUCUGUUACUGCACUGCUGAAGGAUAAUGGUCAAAUAUCAUUGGCACUGUGUAAAAACACUGUUGGGAAAUGUGUGUUUGGGCAGUAAUGCAGAAAUGGCAGCUUUUCAUUUGACGUGACGGACAUGUAUGUUCCACGUUGUGCUGUUUGCACACGUGUAGCUGAGCUGCAGUAUGUUUUGUUGGAUCAUCACUCCCCCUGAAUGUCUCUGCACUGCUUCAACUUUUUAAACCUUCACAGUUUCACAACAUGCUACUAAACACUCGUGUGAAAUCUCCGGAUGAAGGUUGGUUUCUAGUUCUGUGGUAGAAUGAAUGAUGAAGAAUUAAUCUUUUGUACUUUGUCUUUUUUUGAAUGAGUGAAUUAAAUUGAUGCUUUGGGUGUGCCAAAGAUUGAAGUAAA